AAUACGGACGGCUAAACUGAACAUAUUCUAUCGUGUCGCUGUAAAUCGAAACGCAUCACGGCAUCAGCUUAACUGCCCAAUUUCUUAUCAGUCUUGUCUUUGUUCGUUUUGCUAAAAUUAAUUAGGAUUUACGCAUUGGUAUACACCAAUAACUUCAAUAGUGAUAACUGCAUAUUAAGAGUUAAGAGAAAAUGGCAGAUAUCAUCUCCCAGGAUCAGGAACAGCAAGUUAAGAAACUCAAAAGAUUGCUAGAAGGGUGGCGUAUGGCCCUCCUGCCAAUCAGAUCAAUAAUCUUGUGGGAACAGCAAUGGUACCCCGCUGCUAUAGUUGGAGUACUCAGUUUCCUAUACUUUUUCAUCUGGCUUAUGGAUUCAAACUUUCUGACCACAUUCGCAAUUGUGGGAAUUUUCCUCAACUUUGUGGAUUUCAUUGUUCCCAUCAUAUGCACAUCUCUCUACGGCCCCAGUGCGUGGACUGGACAGAAGGAGAAGUUGUUUGAAGACAUCUGCAAGGCUAUUGUAAGGGACUUCAACAAGAUUCUGAACCAUGUUCAAUUGUUCUUUUCAUUCCGGGAGACCAGUCCCAUUCUGUACUACAUAAUAUCCAUGUGCUUGCUGUGCGCACUGGGCUGGAUCUCCUCUGCCAUCAACAAUGUGCUGCUGCUGUACAUCCUGUCCAUCGGGCUGCUGCUGUGGCCCGGCAUCCAGCACCGAGGCAUCUUCAACAUGGUGCUCUCCAUGGUCAACAUGGGACCCAAACCCAAGCAUCUUAAGCCAGAGUAGACAACCGGUCAAACUAGCUUUUAAUGCAAUGUGAUGUGUCUGGUCAUUACAAAUUUAAGUUUAAGCUUAGCUUAUUCUAUUUGAGCUUUAAAUUUUAGUGUAUGAUUACCAGACAUCGUAAAUUUUACAGCAUUUUUGGUGCAGCAUAGUGGUAUAAACGGAAUUGGUAGAAGCAAUUUCAACCCUAAUGAUUUUGAUUAAUUAGCGUUAAUUACGUUAAUAUUAACCUUAAAUAUUAAUUUACCAUUUCAGUUGGAAUUAUCUAUACCAAUUGCGUUAAGACCACUCCGCUGCACCAAAAAUGCUAUAAAAUUUACGAUGUCUGAUGAUUACUGUGUGAUACAUUUGGUUGAUUGUUAGGACUAUGUUCCAGUUAUUAUUUUUACUUUGCGUCCCUUGUUAUUGUUAUGGGUGUCAGGAAGUAUUAAAUAAACACACCAUUAUUUAUAGAA